AUGUCUCCAGCAGCCGCAGAGACUCCGACAGACUCCCGUGCAGGAACUGCCCAGGCCGAGUCCACGGCACCUUCAUCGCCACUAACCUCGACCGACGUGAAUACUCCCACUGAAGAAUUGAAGAAGGAGAUGUCCGACUCUGAAGAUGCGGAGGAUAUGGACAGCAAAGCAAAUGCCUUGAUGCAUUUGCUGAAGACAAGCUCGGUUUUCGUUGCUAUCAUGUCCGAUAAAAUGAAGAAGCAACAGGAGGAGGCCAAGCUGGCUGCAGCAAAACAGCAUCAAAAACCAGCAAACGAGUCAAAGGGCGCGGCUAAGCCUACUACUCAACGGACCACUCGCACACGGGCCGGCCAAGGGCCUGGCGUUCAGAAUAACUCGAACCCUGGUGGUAAUGAUGAUGAUAAUGACAAUGAUGUCAAAAAGAAGAGCAAACCAGGACGUCCUGCACGUUCUACUGCGACUGGAAAAUCGAUCUCGAGUUACUUCAAAAAGGCCGAUGUUGAAGUGACUGAGGAAAAUCCAUCGGUUCAGCAAGCCCUCGAAAAAGCGGCAGACGACUAUGAAGCCAAUCCAACCGCCUUGGGAGAACAAGAAUUGGUCGCAACGCAACAACCUGAGCUCGUCACUGGCGGAAAGAUGCGAACAUACCAGCUGGAAGGCUUGGAAUGGCUCAAGUCACUCUGGAUGAACGGGCUUUGCGGUAUCCUCGCUGAUGAGAUGGGUCUUGGCAAGACGGUACAGGCGAUAUCAAUGAUCGCCUUCUUGAAGGAAAAGAAGGUUCAAGGACCUUUCUUGAUUGCCGCUCCGCUGAGUACAGUCAGCAAUUGGGUGGACGAAUUCGCAAGAUGGACUCCCGGAAUCAAUACGAUGCUGUAUCAUGGCUCGAAAGACGAGCGGGCUGCAAUUCGCAGAAAGUCCAUGAAAAUGAAGGACCAGGGAAGUAUGGACUUCCCAGUGGUUUGUACUUCUUACGAAAUUUGCAUGAAUGACCGCAAAUUCCUCGCCCAAUAUCAGUGGCGAUACAUUGUUGUGGUGCGUCCUUAUUCCUGA